AUUUAAUAACCUUGUACGAUGGAAAAAACCAUGGCAGUUCUACUGCUGGUAAUUUAUCACAUGGCAAUCUUUGUGGUCGCCCAACAAUCGGUCCCGUUCCCGUCAAAAGGGGGGGAUUCCUGCAACGUGGUACAAGUUAACUGCGGACCUGUUGCUUCUGGUAACGGUGAAACCGUUUCUCCAAACCACGGACUCCCUGGCCCUCCCGGAGAACGUGGCCCGAAAGGAGAUCCGGGCUUUAGAGGCUCUCCGGGAUUUCAAGGGGUUAGAGGCACAAAAGGAAUGAUGGGACCGGUUGGAUCGCCCGGAGAAAAAGGAAGUGCGGGUGAAAAGGGUCAACAAGGAAUAAAAGGUGCGAAAGGAACCGACCUCAACUACGUGAGAAUGCAAAAGUUGAUGAGUGCGACCAGCUGUCAGGAAUUGAACGAGGUCCAUGGAGUCUCAGCCAAUGGUUAUUAUCCGUUAAGAUCGAACGGUAGCGGACACCUGGUCUCUUAUUACUGUGACUUCGGAAUUUAUGAAGGCGUAUCUACUUGCAAAGAACUGGUAUCGUGGUAUGGGAUUUCGACAUAUGGUUUUUAUCGUCUCAGAAUCAACUCCACGGAACACCCGAAGUAUAAUUACUGCCCAGAAGUUUUCACCUGCGAGCAACUCAAAGCACAAGAUAGAGUUCAGAAGUCCGGGACGUACAUGCUUGGCCCAUUCAACAGCCAAUAUGAGGUCCACUGUGACUUCUCUGAAUCGGACGCGAUUACAGCAAUCCGACACGAUUCUAUGGACGAGGUGCUGAUGCCAGAAUGCGAAGCCAAAGGUUGUUACUCCAAGGUUCCCCACUAUACAAUGAGUUUGGAUAACAUAAUCAAAAUCAUUGACAACUCGAGGGAAUGCAGACAAUUUAUUAAGGCCAGAUGUGAAGGUAUGCUGUUGUUCCGAACUGAUCCUUUCGCCUGGUGGGUUUCACGGAACGGAGAGAAAAUGUUGUAUUGGGGUGGAGCGACCUCGAGAAGCAACUACUACUGCGCCUGUGGAGAAACAGGUACAUGUGCUGAUAAGUCCUUCAAAUGCAAUUGUGAUAAGAACGACGCCGUUUUAAGAACAGAUGAAGGGUUUUUAACCGACAAGACCAAACUACCCGUCAAAGAACUCAGAUUUGGCGACAUGGGAGCCGAAACCGAAACUGGAUGGCACACACUGGGCCAGUUGGAAUGCAUGGGUUGAAACUUGACGUCAAAACAAAAACUACUGAUGUGCCCUUUCCACCGCGCUUAUUCACGUUUUCGCUAUGAAAAGGCUUUGUACAAACAGCCACCGAUAUAUCUAACAAUAUGUAAGAAGAUGUUGUUUUUGUAAGAACCUAAUUUUUCCGGUUCGGCUUUGCCUAAUCAAUUUAAAAAGCUGUUAAUACAUUUUCACUCUCAUUUUUCUUCAAGUGACCCGAUAUUUAACCCCCAAAUUAUGGUGUUUUAUUCUAUUCCGUGGAAACACUUUGAUCUGACUUAUGGAACACUUUUAUCCGACAUGUAGAAACGGUUUUAUACGGUGAAUGGGAAUACUUUUAUAUGUCAUAUGGGAACACUUUUAUAUGUCAUAUGGGAACACUUUUAUAUGACAUAUGGUAACACUUUUAUUUCCCAUUCGUGUUCAUAUUAUCAAACAUUGCUUUUAAUUAUCUACCCUGCUUUGUAAUUUUUGUGGAUUGCUAGGAUUGUGAAAUCGGGGACACAUUUUACGAAUUUUCUGAAAUCGUUGUGGCUGGAGUUUGAAAAUUUUGCUUCUGAACAGGGAUAUCGUUUGUUGAAGGCCAUUGGCGUCAAUGCAGCCGUAUUAUUUUUGAAUUAUUUGGAUUCCAAAUAUGCAUUUUCUAAGAGCCAUUAUCGAAGUAUUAAGAUGUUCUACAAAAAAAAAUAUGAAGUUUUAUAAGCAUUCGUAACGCCUAGUGAAAAAAGCUUGCUUGCCAUACUUGCUCGUUUUGUAGCGCGGGCCCAUAUUUUUUUUACCAAAAUCACUAACCGGGCCCAUAUUCAAGCACGGGCACUUAUUAUUUUCAAAUUAAAAUUAUACACAAAAAUUACGGUAUCUUUGAAGACAAAUAUUUGACGACAAUAAUCCCUUUUCCAUGUCAAUUUAUUCACGUCUCAAGAGUAAUUCCCUCAUAUUACCCGUAGUUUAUAUUAUUAACAAGAAACAACAAAUCAAAAUUUUUAUUUAUUCAGCAAGUGUACCGUUAUUUUCUUCAUCAAAGCUAUCAUCCUCAUCAACACCAAGCCCGUUUUCUGCUGUAGCCUCAACGUGAGUGUUAUCUGCCAGCGCUUGUGACAAAAGCGCUUCUUAUUUCCUAUUG